AUGUCAAAAAUUCCAAUUAUGCUUCAACUGAAUGGGAAUUGGGAUAGCUAUGGAAGAUAUAGAGACUUUCAGGUCGAUGGAAUUGUAGUCGGCGAGGAUGCGAGCGAGGGCUUCAAUAGAUCAUAUCCAUACAGUGAUAGAUGGUGUGAAGCUAUGUUGUUUGUCUUGAAAACAAGAGAUGUAGCUGUGGGCACNACAAUUGCAAGUGCAAUGAAGCACUAUUCUGUCAUGAACAAGUUCCAAUUUAGGGUGAAAAGAUCUAGUGCUAGAAGAUGCUACUGGCUGAUAUGUGUUGGUGAAAAUUGUACAUGGCACUACAAGGCAACUAGCAUAAAUGAUUCUGCAAUGUUCAAGGUUAGAAAAUUCAACAGCUUGCACACAUGCUCUUUGACGGACAAUACAUUCAUACAAUGCAAACCUACUGCCAUGGUAGUUGGUAGCAUGGUUAUUCGAAAAUAUGCUGAUCCUAAGACAUUUUACACACCAAAAGACAUACAAACUGAUACGUUGUCUGAACACGGGAUGAACUUAACAUACAUGCAAGCUUGGAGAGAAAAGGAAAAGACUUUGGAAUUUUUGAGAGGUCAUCCUGCUGACUCCUACAUCAAAUUGCCUAGUUAUUUGUAUAUUCUGGAGAAGACUUAUCCGGGGUCUGUAGUUAAAUUGAAGAAGACGGACGAUGACUGCUUCUUGUAUGCAUUUGUUGCGAUUUGUACGUCAAUCAGUGGUUGGGAAUAUUGUAGGCCAGUUGUAGUAGUUGAUGGGACCUUCUUGAAGUCGGCAUACAGGGGAAUAGUGCUAACAGCUAGUACAAUGGAUGAAGCAGGUACCAUAUUACCAUUGGCAUAUGCUGUUGUUGAUUCAGAAAAUGACGCAUCAUGGAAGUGGUUUUUUGAGCAAUUCAAACAUGCAUAUGGUGAAAACCCAAAUAUGUGUGUUGUUUCGGAUCGGAAUGAGAGUAUCUUGACGGCAACAUCUAUUGUUUAUCUCGGCAUGCCACAUUACUCUUGCAUGUGGCAUAUUUGGACAAAUAUAAGGGCAAAGUUCAAGAAGGGUCAUCUAAAGUUAAGCGAAUUGUACUUUGCCACGACACGAUCAUACACGCUUGAUGAAUUUAAUGAAAGGAUGUCAAAGAUUGAAGAGAUUGACCCGCGUGUUAAAGCAUACUUAUACGAUAUUGGGUAUCAUAGAUGGUCUCGAGUACAUGCUACGGUGAACAGAACUUGGACUAUGACAUCAAACAUUGCAGAGUCGUUGAAUGCUGUAACGAAAGAUGCAAGAGAGCUGCACAUAGUAGAACUAUUCGAGUAUAUAAGGACUCUUCUUGAACGUUGGACUAAAGAAAAGUUAUUGAAAGCAAAGGGUACAUUCACAUACCUUGAGUUUAAAUACAACAAAGAGUUGGAUGACAAUAGAACAUUGUCGCACAAGCUUAGAGUGAGGGCUUCAACAGAUUACAUCCAUACAGUACUAGAUGGUGUCAGACGCUAUAUUGUUUGUCUUAAAAACAAGAGAUGUAGUUGUGGACAAUUCCAGCUUGAUGAACUUUCUUGUCCACAUGCUUUGGCUACUUUAAGGCAUAAGGAUGAGUCUUAUGAACAAUAUUUCUCUCCUUAUUACACAAGGGAGAGCCUCUUGCGUACUUAUGAAAUACCAGUAAAUCCCCUACCUGAUGAAAGCAAAUGGAAUGUGCCAUAA